AUGGCUCCAGUCACCGUGACCACCAGCCAACACUCAGCCAACCUCCAGCCCAAUGUUCAACUCAACAGCAGACUGGUUGGCCGGGGAACGCUCCACCUUUCCCGGGUCUGCAUGAAGAACAGCACUCAUGAAGAGAGGCAGGCAGAGCUGAAGAGGGCCAAGGACUCUAUGAAGGCGUGGACACGCGGUGGUCGAAACUGGGACUACAAUACCAUGUGCAAGUGCUCCCCAGACAGAGCAACAAGACUGGCUCUGCUGGAGGAUCUUCACACCAGGGUUUUUUUCGUGGCCAACGCCCCCAACCCAGCAGACUUGGAGCCCAUCCAAAUGCCACCAGCGAGUGCAGCUGCCACGGAGGAACCUGCCAGUGCUGUAGAGCCUUCAAGCACUGGUGAAGAGGGGUCCACUGAUUCCCACGAGGAUGAUGCUGGCUCACAUGACCCACCAUGGCAAAGAAAUCCACCUCAGUUCUCCCAGAAUUGUGUGCGGAUGAACAUGCAGACAAGGGGCCUCUACCAGAAGUUCCCAGUCGAUUGUAAAAAGCUGAUGGGGUUCAAGAGGCAUUUGAUCAACGUCUUAAAUGUGCCAAACUGCCAACAGGAGGUAAGAGAUAACCCUGAAUCUAUGCUCUUCUGUAGCUCCACAGUAUGUGUGAGUGAGGGAGAGAGAUAAGACGAGACUUACUAGACCACUGGAUAUUAUUUAAAAAGAUGCACUCUGUGUCAGAGAGAGUUCAGCACACAUGGCUCUGCUUUCUUGCAUCAUUUCACGCUUCUCUUCAUCUUUCAUGACAGGUGGACAAUGUCUCCAGGAUGCUGAGAUACAUCCAGCCUGAAGGGGAUGAAGUUAGCUUAGAUUUCCUCACUAAAAGCACUGAAGUCAGCGAUUACCUGCGCGACCUGAAACUUGCCAAGUUGAGU